AUGAUGACGUGCCAUCUGCUCUGCGCCCUGUUGAUGCUUGCCCUGUGCUGCUGCCCGUCCGUGUGCGUGGGAGCGAGUGAAGGUAAGCUUAGCGACCCCGGUGAGCACCCCAAUCCACAAAAGGAUGUAAGUGAAACUAACGGUAAUCCCAAGGGAACUCAAGGGAUCCAAGACCUGACGACCAAAAUGCCAAAGGAUCAAGUUGAAAACGAUGCGAAAAGCAAACAAGGUCCGCCAUCCGCUCCGCAAGGGCAACCAGUAGAUGAAAAUCGUCUUGGUUUAGAGAUCCCUGAGCUGAACGCAGCAGGUUCCACCAAUACGCCAGGGUCAAAGACUCCGGAAAAAAAUGCAGGUCUGUCAGAAGAUGCGUCCGGUUUGCAGGGGAUAACAAAUCCAAAAAACACUCUGUCUAUUUCACCUGGUACGGCCACUACUGGACAGACACCAGUUCCGCCAGCUCCGCCAGAGGCAAUAAGUUUGGCGAGCGAUAAUCCAGAGUCAUCAGACUUGGCGAAACAGUCCGCACAGACACAAGUUAAGACCGGUCAGUCAGAGUUGCCAAGUCUGGGUUCCGCUGCGGAAGCGGGAGAUAAUGCCAGAGAUGGACAAAGUUUGACCGGUGCGGAACCUCAAUCAAGUGACGCGAGUAAUACAGUACAGACAGAAAGCAAGAGGACGACAAAGCCACAAAGUCCCACAAGUCCGUCCGCAGACCAAACAGAUCGGAACGCCGAAGAUCAUGCCCAGACGACCACGACCACCACUGCGCCAGAGGCACCAAGUAAUACGGCCAUGACUACAGAGGCGCCAACCACGACGACCACCCGCGCACCGUCACAUCUUCGCGAAAUCGAAGGCAGCCUCAGCAGCUCUGCGUGGGUGUGUGCCCCGCUGCUGCUCGCCGUAUCCGCGCUGGCGUACACCACUCUGGGCUGA